AUGCUGGCUCUCCGCGACCAGGAAAACCUGGUAAACACCCACCAGAACGCCGCCGCGGCCAAGCCUUUGAACCAGGGUAUCAACAAAAUACCGCCCAAGACUCCCGGCAAGUCGGUGCCACUGAACGACGAGAACAACCCCCGCGCAUUCGGAAAGGGUACGAUCAAGGGCAACAAGAACCGCCUGGAGAAUGGAAAACCGGCGUUGAACGCGUUUGUUACACCUGGGGAGGCGCGACACCGUGCUCCCCUGGGCAACAAAACGACCAAUCUAAAGACCAAUGCGUUCAAGACUCCUGGUCAAUUCGGAGGAACAUCGAAGUUCGAGAAGACAAACAAUCGGAGGACUUCGACUGCACAGAGAAUCAAGAAGGCCCCUCCCGUGGCUCAGCAAGCUCAACCCAAGGUCUACACCGAAGCUGCCCAAGAUGAUGUGCGGGACAUUGAAUACAUGCCCCCCAAGCCCACAGAUCUCCCGGAUCUGCCGGAUGAUAUUACAUAUGAUACCACAUUCCCGCAAUUCCAACCGAGGAACCGCGCCUUAGGCUUGGAGAGCGUGUAUGGGAAGCAGGAAGUGGGCAGUGAUGGCCUGACCAAGAAACAGCGCAAGUUCCAGGAGGAUUCCGUGAAGUGCGACAGAAUGAUCAAUGAAACCAUCAUGAAGCAGCUGGACGACAUUGGCUUCAACGGGCCCAGCGACGAUACGGCUGCUAAAGCUCCCAAACAACGGCUGAAAUCCAUUCACCGCAAGGCGCCCUCGACCAGCGCUCGUCUCAUGCAGAGUGUUCCUACGAUUCGAUCCCGUGAGGCCGCCGUUGCUCUUGCAGCGCCGAGGCCCAGCUCAACUCCCGUCAGAACCCUUCCUGUUCCCAAAUCCCGAGUCGCGUCUGCUGCAUCUGCUCUGAUGCCUCAGAAGAAGACCAGAAACCCGACCAAUCCUUCCUCUAUGCGCAGUACUGCCGCUGCCGUCGCUUCCAACACCACUGUCGGGUACUCCAAGGGACGAAGUGUCUCAUCCACCCUGCGCGAAACUGCCUCCGCUCGGAAGGCCUCCAAGUCGGAGGAUUUGCUCUCCCCGAAAACCUACAUGGAGCUCUACGGCAUGCCGCCGCUGGACUCGGAGAUGUGGACCCGCUGCAAGGCUGCGGGCUGUUUUGAUACUCCAGAAGAGAAUGCUGCUUCUCAGGAGCUCGAGGAGCAGCUCCCAACCUUCGGGGAGGACGAAGAAGCGGAGAGCUUCCAGCUUACGCUGUAA